CAUAUAUCAGAAAUCUCUCUCUCUCUCUCUCCGGUUUCCAUCUCAAAUCCCGGAGCCCUGAAUUGUCUCUGUCGGAUAAUCGUCGUCGUCGUCGUCGGCGUCUACUACUCCUAUUGAGCACCUUCCAUGGCUGCUGCUUAGACGUCGCUUUCACCGAUCUCUCAUCUCUCCCUUUUCUUCGUCUUCAUCGAGGUUCCUGUGUAUGGUUUCCCUGACUAUCUCGGAUUUUGCUGGGAGGCCCUUUUGCGUUAGGGUUUUGUUUCGCUUCUGGUCGCGGAGAUUGGAUCCUGCUCUUCGGUGCUUAUGAGGCUGGGGAUUUCUUGACACUGCUUUCCGCUGGUGGAUUUGGAUUGAUCUUAUUUGAAUUCGCGAAAUGGCGGCGCCCAGACCCACCGGAGGCGAAGAUCUGUUCGAUGCGUAUUUCAGGAGGGCAGAUUUGGAUGGUGAUGGUCACAUCAGUGGAGCUGAGGCUGUUGCUUUCUUCCAGGGCUCGAAUCUACCCAAACACGUCCUCGCUCAGGUAUGGGCAUACGCUGAUUCAAAGAAAGCUGGCUACCUUGGUCGAGGUGAGUUUUAUAAUGCUCUAAAAUUGGUAACUGUGGCACAAAGUAAACGGGAGUUAACCCCAGAGAUAGUCAAGGCAGCACUCUACAGUCCAGCUUCAGCCAAUAUUCCUGCUCCCAAAAUAAAUCUUGCUGCAACGCCUUCUCCACAGCCCAGGGCAGGUGUGCCUGUUACACAGGCUACUGGCGUUGCAUCACUACCACCAUCGAGUGCUGGGAUUAGAGGGACGCAAAUUGGUGGAAACAUAAGCACUAACAACCAGCAAGCAGUCUCGAGCCAGCAAUUUCCGGGACCUCCACAAACCACUAUCCACACUGCUCCUUCUCAACCACAGCAAAACCUUCGAAUUCAAGGUAUGCCAACAGGAGGGAGUAGUGCACCUCGUCCUGUAAUUCAACCCUUGUCAUCUGAUUGGCUGAAUGGGAGGACAGUUAGUCCUUUGGGGCAAGUGAAUUCGCAAGUUCCUCCGGGUCCCAAUACUUAUGGUUUAACACCACCUAACUCGACAGUCGGCCCUCAACCAAGACCACAUAUGACAUCUGGGGCUAUGACAGCCAAACCCCAGGAGUUAGUUGCUUCGCACAGACCCCAAGGUUCAUCUGCACCUCCAGUUACUCAUGCUCCAGGUCCUCCAUCCAACCUCUCUGUAUCGGGAAAUGGUUCUGCCUCUGAUUCACUAUUUGGAGAUGUCUUUUCAGUUGCUGUUUCGCAGCCAAAGCAGCAGUCAACUAUGGCUACGCCAUCAAUGAGCAGCUCAUCUGUUCCCGCUGGAACUGUUGUGGCUUCUCAAGGUGGUGCACAACCUGUAGUUACACAAAAUUCAGUUCAACCACAGGGUCAGCAACCUGUUGGAGUCCAGAAUCAGUUUACCGGGAAACCAGGGCUUCAGUUUACCCCCUCUGGUGCAGCUUCUGGUCCUGCUAGCUCUCCUAGUGGAGCUGGAAAUUCAUCUCCUAGUCAGGUGACUCAGCCCCAGGCCCCUUGGCCAAAGAUGAUGCCAGCUGAUGUCCAAAAAUAUGCUAAGGUGUUUGUGCAAGUUGACACUGAUAGAGAUGGGAAGAUCACGGGGCACCAGGCACGGAAUCUGUUCUUGAGUUGGAAGCUCCCACGAGAGAUCUUGAAGCAGAUUUGGGAUUUGUCUGAUCAAGAUAAUGAUAGCAUGCUCUCCUUGAGGGAGUUCUGUAUUGCUGUCUAUCUUAUGGAGCGUUAUAGGGAGGGUCGCCCUCUUCCACCAGUACUUCCCAGCACUGUAAUAACUAAUGAGAACAUGUUUUCUGCUCCUGGUCAACCUGUGGCACAGUAUGGCAAUGCUUCAUAUGGAGCUGCGCGUGGUUUGCAACAGCAACAAGUUCCUGGCGCUGCUAGACCACCGCCUAUUCCAAAGGGAAAACCACCAAGGCCUGUUCCUGCUUCUCAUAGUGAUGGAACUGCUGAGCCCACUCCACCAAAGCGUAAAGUACCAGUGUUGGAAAAACAUCUGGUUGACCAGCUUAGCAAAGAGGAACAGGGUUCACUGAACUCAAAGUUCGAAGAAGCAGUCACUGUUGAUAAUAAGGUUGAAGAACUUGAAAAAGAAAUAGCUGACUCCAAGCAGAAAAUUGAGUUCUUCAGAGCAAAGAUGCAGGAACUUGUUUUGUACAAGAGCAGAUGUGACAAUCGGUUCAAUGAGAUUACAGAAAGGGUGUCUGCUGAUAAACGCGAGGUUGAAACUUUAGCUAAGAAAUAUGAAGAGAAGUACAAGCAAUCUGGCAAUGUAGGUUCUAAGUUGACCAUAGAAGAAGCUACAUUCCGUGAUAUACAGGAGAAGAAAAUGGAACUGUAUCAGGCAAUAGUCAAAUUCGAGGAAGGAAACCCUGAUGAUAGUGUUAUAAAAGAGCGUACUGAACGCAUCCAAUCAGGUCUCGAAGAAUUGGUUAAAAAUUUGAAUGAGCGCUGCAAACAAUACGGAUUGCGUGGAAAACCCACUUCCCUGGUUGAGCUCCCUUUCGGCUGGCAACCUGGGAUCCAAGAAGGUGCUGCUGAUUGGGAUGAAGAUUGGGAUAAGCUUGAGGAAGAAGGGUAUGCCUUUGUCAAGGAGCUCACUCUCGAUGUCCAAAAUGUUGUAGCGCCACCAAAGGAAAAAACUCCGAUCGAUAGAAAAGAAUCGAUUUUCUCAGCGAAGGAAGGUUCAGAUGUAUCGCCAGUAAAUGGCGACUCUAAGACCGAGAAAGUACCGAGCACUGGGGAAGAUGAUGAUGCUGAAACAGAACCGAUAUCCGAGCAAUCAGAAGCUAAAACACCUGAAAGUGGUGAUCGACACAAAAAUGGAUUCCAUGACGAGUCUGGUAUUGCAAAGGGUAUUGAAGCUGAUGGUUCACCCAUAUCAAAAGACACGAGGAGGGAUCAUGUCCAUGAUGAUGAUGGAGAAUCUACUGCUUCUGCUGGUAAAACUUUUGAAGAACCUGGCUGGGGAAAUUUUGACAGUCACUAUGAUACCGAUUCAGUUUCAAGCUUCAAACUUGACACCGGAAAGGACAAGGACAUCGGGUUUGGAUUUGGAUUCGGAUUUGAUGACUUUAGCAUAAAGCCAAUAAAAACGGGUUCCACCAGCUCGGAAAACUUGUUCCCUGGGAAGAUAUCCAUAUUUUCCGAUUCUGUCCCGAGCACCCCUGCUGACGCUGGCCUCGCCUUUCCUGGAAAACCUUCUUUGUUUGCUGAUUCCGUCCCGAGCACGCCUGCCAAUGCCACAACUUCGUUCACGGGCAAGAAAUCGUCCUUCUUUGACGACUCUGUUCCAAGCACUCCUGCCUAUGCGGGGAACAUAUUCCCUGAGAAGUCGUCGUUCUUCGAUGACUCUGUCCCGAGCACCCCAGCUUACGCAGGGAACUUAUUCCCAGAGAAGAAAUCGUCGUUCUUCGAUGAUUCCGUCCCAAGCACACCUGCCUAUUCCAUGUCAGAUUUUGGUGGAAAGCCAUUUUCGUCCGAGACUCCUCGUUCCGACAACUUGUUCCCGGGCAGAAGCCCCUUCAUGUUCGACUCUGUCCCAAGCACGCCCGCUCACAAAUCUUCGGAUGAUUACUCUUUCAACACCUUCUCGCGGUUCGACUCGUUCAACUCUGCCGCUGGAGAAAACAACGUCGAGCCCGACCCUUUCGCCUCCUCGAGGUUCGAUACUUUCGAGUAUCAAAGGUACGAUUCUUUCAACUCACAGGGCCUCGAAUCCGGCCAGGAGAAGGGCGGGUUGGGUCAGAAUCCGAAACCUUCGUUGGCGAGAUUUGACUCAAUCCAGAGCACGGGAGACUCAGAUUACAGUCACGGAUUCGGGUUCGAUGACUCGGAUCCAUUCGGGUCGAGUGGACCGUUCAAAUCGAUGGCGGCCGAGACACCCAGGAGGAGUUCUGAUCAUUGGAACGCCUUCUAAGCUGGGGAGAGAGGUCGUCAUCACAUUUACAUUACAAUAUAUUCUCUAUGCCAUUAUUAUUAUUAUUAUACAUUUUAGUAUCUGCUGUUUGCAGAUCUCUAUAGUUUUUUUUUUUAAAAAAAAUGGGGAGGUUUCUUGCUUUUGAUUUUUUUUUUUUAAAUUGUUAAUGAUAUGAAAUAUUGUUGUCCUUUUUUUCCCCCUUCUUGCCUUUGUUGCUUUCGAGAGUGUUUUCUCUUCUAGUUUGAGUUUGAGUGCAUGUCUUGUAAUGGUCUAUCUCUGUUUUUUUUUGGUGGUGAGAUGAAUAAUGAUUUUUUCCAAUGGGACACAAUUUUAUAUUGUAUCUGUGUAAUUUUGGAGAAAUUUCAUCUCGUCUUGUAUUAAUUAGGAAAAGCAAGGAGACAAGGAAAAAAAAUUCAUGUUAUUGUUAAAUCGUAUGAAACCUUAUGUAUA